UGAAUCCCGACAAGGUGGUCGGUUGGUUUGUCGUUGAAAGUUGAGUGAGAGUUGACUCGUUGACUCAGUUCUGUUGACUGUCAGUGUAAUACUAACGUUGUUGUGUGGAUGUAGUUCGAUUCUUCAAAUUAGUUCCUAAGGCAGUGUGUAUUGUAUUUAUUAUCUUCGUACUAAAGGAGAUCUUAAACUACGUUCUUAUUAUGGUCUAGAAGUGCUAGUGCUGAAUUUUUAUAUUGAUACUGUGAAAUGAUUGGAUUAUCAACUACAUGGAUUUUGUUGCGUUCUCUGAUAAUAUGCUCACUACCGUUGCUUCACGCCGAGGAGCUGGGUGAGGCGUUUUUCAACACCACAGGGUGGGUGAAGGUGUCUCGGCCACUGACCCUGUACCCUGGGCUGCACAUGGGUCUCAGCUUUCGGACGUGUCAGGGCGGUCAGCUCUUCGUCCAGAGUAACCGCUUGUACUCCUGGAGCUUGGAGGUGGUUGGGAAGGAGGGGCUGGCUGUCCGGGUGAACCUAGGCAGCGGACACACCUUCGAAGCCAGGCUCAAGGAUGUGUUUAAUAACAACCAGUGGCACUACGCCAGUAUCCUCCAUAAGAUUGAGAACAUAACGCUGUCGGCUGGUCACCAUCAAGUGGUAAUAGCCAACUCUACACUGAACACGAAUCUGCUAAAAUCGCAGCACCUGGCACCAGAUGACGAUGGUUACCUUCUGGUGGGGAGUGGCUUCAUCGGCUGUAUCAAGGAGGGGCCCAAUGUUGUACUCAGUGAGCGCAGCCCCCGAGUCUUCAUCCACAACGUUGAGUUCGGAAAGUGCCCUCUCACUCUCUGUAGCCCCGAGGACCGCUGCCACAAUCAACCCUGCAUGACGCAUGGUGUGUGCAUUACACGGCCCGACAAUUACUACUGCCAGUGCAAUAGCAGAUUUAGUGGCCGCAACUGUGAGGUCGACGAUGGUCCUCCUUGCCUGUCGAUGCCUUGUCAGAACAACGCCCACUGCGAAGAAGAUAAUGUUGGCAACUACAAAUGUCAUUGCCCUCCUGGCUUCAUAGGCAAGCACUGUGAGGCCCAGGUGAGUGGGAGGGUCUGUGAGAACAACCCCUGUCAGAACAACAGCACCUGUAUUGUCAGUCCUGUUGGCAGCUACAAGUGUGUCUGUCUCAAAGGGUUUUCUGGCAACGACUGUGAAAUAAACAUUGAUGAAUGUUUAUCUGAUCCUUGUCAGAAUGGAGGGACAUGCAUUGAUGAUAUUGACAACUACACUUGCAAUUGUGCCAGCACUGGGUACAAAGGAAGACAUUGUGAGGACAACAUAAAUGAAUGUGAAGAAAAGCCUUGUUUGAACAGUGGUACAUGUUUUGACACAUACGGCAGCUAUUCUUGUGAAUGCCCAAAUGGAUUCACUGGUCAGAAUUGUGAAAUUAAGGUGCAGUCCUGUAACAACUGGUUAUGUCAGAAUGGAGCCACAUGUGAGGACCAACCUCACGGGUUCAAGUGUAACUGCCCGCCAGGCUAUAGUGGUGUUUAUUGUGAGGUCAACGGCAACGGUUGCCAGCCCGGUGUCUGCCCGCCCAACGCUGACUGCUUUGAGCAUGCUGCGGGCAUACAGUGUAUCUGUAAACCUGGAUACACAGGUUUACCUUCAGCUUGUAAGCCGAUUGAUGCAUGUUUAAACUCACCUUGUCACAAUGGAGGCACUUGCUCAGUGUCCGGAGAUGGUUUCAACUGUUCAUGUGUGCCUGGAUUCACAGGCCCAACUUGUCAGACCAACAUCGAGGAGUGUGCCUCAAUGCCGUGCCAGCACGGGGGCUGUGCAUCGAUCUAGUGAACGGCUACCACUGCAAUUGUACAGCCGACUAUACGGGUGCCAGUUGUGAGUACCAGUUGGAUCCCUGCUACAGCAACCCCUGCCUCAACAACGGUACCUGCCAUCUCAAGGUCAACAGGGACUACUACUGCGAGUGCCC